AUGAAGGUUGCGCAGGCCCUCGCGUUCGCGUCGACGGCCUCGGCUGUAGCUCAUGCGUACACGUUUUCGGAGAAUCAAGCCCCCGCCCCUGCGCCCAACUCCGUUCAGAGCACAGGGCUCACCGUCAACCAGGAGAGCCGAAUCUACGGCGGCUCCGAGGCUAACAUCGACGAUUACCCAUUCAUCGCGAGUCUCCGAUUCGAACUGCAGGACGAAACUUUCUGUGGCGGUACACUGAUCGCCCCUCAAUACAUUCUGACUGCCGGUCACUGUAUCAAGACGGAGGAGGACACCAUCAUUGCCCACCUCGGUACGGAGUUCGGUACAGGAUCCAAGACGGGCGAGGCGAUCAAGGUGGUUGAAGGUUACCGACACCCUAUGUACAACCAGAAGAAGCACUUGUACGACGUAGGUCUUCUGAAGCUCGAGGAGGCUUCCACGCAGAAGACGGCGAAAGUGUGUGCCGCCGACGGCUCGGACAAUUCGGUCGGCACGGAGGCAACUGUUCUGGGAUGGGGGAUGACCGAGGACGGAACAAAGAGCAACACGCUUCAGGAGGUGAACGUGGCGGUGAUCUCCAACGCCGAAUGCAACAAGCAGUACAACAACCGUAUCACGGAAGGGAUGAUGUGCGCUGGAAAUGGCGGCGGCAAGGACUCGUGCAACGGAGACUCAGGUGGGCCGCUGGUUACUAGUGACGAUACACUGAUUGGGUUCGUUAGUUGGGGUGGCAAAUGCGGUGUUCACGCUGGCGUGUACACUCGUCUGACGUUCGUCAUGGAUUACAUUAACGACGUUCUGAACGGCGGUACGGGUAGCAAUUUUACCGACAGCACGACAUCGUCUGGUUCGCCUACACAGGAUACUUCGCUUGCUUCAUCUACAGCGGGUUCGUCGGCUACACAGUCAUCCGGUGCUGGGUCGCCUGAGACAUCAGGUGCCAGUUCAUCGCUUGCUUCUAGUUCGAGCACGACUCCGGCUGCGCCUAGCAGCGGAUCCCCCACUACUGAAAGCUCCAGCUCCGGAACGCCGACUACUGAGGGUUCGAGCGAUUUGUCAGAGACUACGGACGCUCCUGCUGUGACCCCCGCUGCUACUUCUGGUUCCGACGGUGGUGCCUCGUCACCUGGUGAUACGCUGAUCUCCGGUUCAACGACGACAGAGAGCUCCAGUGAUUCGUCGGUGACGCAAUCGGAGACGACGGACGCUCCUGCUGUGACUCCUGCUGCUACCUCUGGUUCUGAUGGUGGUGCUUCCACUGGGUCUUCCUUGACUGAUGAUACGUUGCUGUCUUCAAGCUCGAGCUCUGGUUCGCCGACAACCGCCAGCUCCAGCGACACAUCGGUGGACACCCCUGCGGUGACACCUGCAGCUACUGAUGUGGACACCUCGGCUUCGACUGCCGGUUCGACGUCCCAGCUCACUCCUUCUACGUCUGGCUGCAAGGUUCGCACUCGUCGACGUUUGUCACUUAAGGAAGAAGAAGAAAUUGAGGAAGACUUGAAAAAAGUCCGGAAAAGAGAGAAGGUGGCCAAGGAAAAGAUGGCAGAAGCUACUGAGGAGAUCGAAGAGGGACUGGAGAACAGCAACGAUGAUGAAGUUGACGAAGGCUUAGCGGAAAAGCUCGAGGCUGAGAAGGAAGAGGAGGAAGCUGAAGUCGAGGAAAAAAUGGAUGAAGAUCUGGAAAAGAUUCAGGAGCAGGAGGAGGAAGAAGACGAGGAAGACGACGAUGAAGACACGGACGAGGAUGAAGCCCCUUCGAAGAAAAAGGCAUCUAAGUCGUCUACAAAGGAAGAGCGGGACGACGCUACUCCGACCAAGAAAUCAUCGAAGGCUUCUAAAAAGGCGAAGGCUGAACAAGAGGCUGAAAAGGAAGCCGAAGAGGAGGCCGAGGAGGAGCUGGAAGAGCUGGAGGAGGAGUUAGAGGAGGAAGAAGCAGCUGAAAAAGCCAAAAAGUCCAAAAAGAAGUCCAAGGCUGAAGAUGAGACGGAUGACGAGGAUGAGCGCCGCCGUCGACGCCUGACGCUUAAGGAAGAAGAAGAGAUUGAAGAGGAUCUGGAAAAGGAUGAGGAGGAAGACUCUCGUCGCCGACACCGUCGGCGUCUGACCCUUUCAGACGAGGAGGAGCUUGAGGAAGACAUGAAAAAGGUUGAAAAGAAGAAAAAGGCGGCAAAGGCAAAGGAUAAAGAGGCUACCGAGGAGAUUGAAGAGGGGCUGGAGAACAGCAACGACGAUGAGUUGGACGAAGGCUUGGCUGAAAAGCUCGAGGCUGAGAAGGAAGAGGAGGAAGCUGAAGUCGAGGAAAAAAUGGAUGAAGAUCUGGAAAAGAUUCAGGAGCAGGAGGAGGAAGAAGACGAGGAAGACAAGGUAGAAGCUCCGGCAAAGAAAAAGUCCUUCAAAUCCUCUAAGAAAUCGGAGGCUGAAGAGGAGGCUGAGGAGGAGGCUGAAGAGGAGCUUGAGGAAGAGCUGGAAGAGAUUGAGGAAGAAGAAGAAGCUAAGAAAUCCAAGAAGGCGUCCAAGAAGUCCAAAGCAAAUGACGAGGAUGACGAGGAGGAGGAAGACACCCGUCGUUAUCUCCGGCGUCUGUCAAAUGUCAAUGAAGCAGAGGUUGAGGAGGACAUGGACAAGGCUAAGAAGGCUGAAAAGGAGGCGAAGGCGAAGGAGGCUGAAGCUGACGAGGAUAUCGAAGAGGGACUGGAGAAUAGCAACGACGAUGAAGUGAACGAGGCUAAGGCAGCUAAACGUGCGGCUGAAAAGGAAGAGAAGGAGGCUGAAGAGGAAGAAAAGGCGGAUGAGGACCUGGAAGAAGCGGAAAUGGAGCAGGAAGAGGAGCAAAUGGGUGACGCUGAAGAUGGCGAAGAAGAGGAGGAGGAGGAAGAGGAUACCCCGGCUAAAAAGACUAAGAAGCCAUCUACUACGAAAUCGAAGUCGGUCGAGACUGCGCAGGAGUGGGAGCAGGGCGACGAUAAGGACGACGAAGCUCCGAGCAAGGCCCCAGCCAAGAAAUCAACCAAAUCUGCUAAGAAAUCCAAGGCUGAUGAGGCCGAGGAGGCUCACAAGGAGGAGGAGGAGAAAGAAGAAGCCGAGAAGUCCAAGGAGGUGGCGUCAAAGAAGGCUAAGGCUAAAGCUAAAGCUAAGGCUGACGAGGAAGAGGCAGACGAUGAUGAUGUAGAAGAAGAACAGGCCCCACCAGCCAAAAAGUCCAGUAAAUCCCCGAAGAAAUCCAAGACAGAACAGGAAGAGUCCGAUGAUGAAGCUGCAAAGUCUAAAAAGUCUUCAAACAAGGCCAAGACCGACGACGAGACCGAAGACGAGACGGAAGACGAGGCAGAAGACGAUGAAGAACAAGCGGCUCCAGCAAAGAAGUCCAAUAAAUCUGCAACGAAGAAGUCCAAGGCUGAUCAAGAUGAGGACGACGGCGAAGAUCAAGACGAGAAUGAGAAGUAAUGACUGGGGAGGCUGUGUUUUCAAUGUGAUGAAACUACUGUAAACAAUUUUGCGUUGUUGAUGGACGUUUGCUCUUGGGAUGUUGAUCCGCUAUCUACGAAUUCAUUGUCAUUUUGUAAAUGUAGCAAACUCUGGUUUCCAAGCGCUUCUACAAAACUAUUGAAGUGUACCUAACGUGCAUGUACCACAAGGCGGAAAUUGAAAAAAGUUGAUGCUGUAGUUCC